UUUAGGUAAAGAAUUUGUCAUAUUAGUCAUUAGGAAGUUCGGCCAUAUCAUUCGUUGGAAGAGCGUUCGAAGAGAAAUUGACAACGUCACAGCUGUAACUUCAACCUUGUGAUGGUGCAGCCUCGUGGAAUCUCGUUUUCGUGUCUGGUGAGACACGAGGCGUCCCUCGACGCUGCACAACUUCCGCGCAUGCCCAGAUUGGUAUGCUGCUUCGCUUCGCUACGCAGCAAUGAAGGCACAACUUUUAUGUUUUUUGUUGUCCAUUUCCGACCUGCUGUGCUUAAUAUUUCUGGUUGCUGACAUGUAAACAUAUUUAACUGUUACAGAACAGUUUGUAUCAUUUCUUAGUACAUCGUAUAUGGUCGUUUAUUUACACCGAGUCUGAUCAAAUUACAAGGGUAUAGGAUAGCCUUGUAAUUGUAAAAUGUUCUAAACUAGUGCAGUAAGACCAGCUUAAAAAUCACUUGUAGAUAAAAACGUGAAAAUCUUCAUUCCACACUCCCGGUGCAAGUUUGUCGUUAGGUGUCCCUGAGAUAGAACCAGAAUCCGCCUUCUAAAAAUAAAAGAAUUAGUGUCGAAGCGUCUUGUAAUUAUCAGCGUUUAGUUGACACAUUUUGCAAAGAUAUACCGUAUACAAAUUAAGGUAGACUUAAAGGUUUGUGUGCGAUUUACGCUCAACACUAAUGUGUACACACCUUUUUUAGUACUCGCACCAGAAUUCGGACACAAUGGCCGUGCUUGGGUACAGUGUCAAGCUCUCUCUAGGCAGUGCUCGGGUUAAAGCAAAUUUCUAUAUUUUGGUAUUGCAUGUCAUCCUUGUCUAAAAAGGGCGGUGAUUACAUCACACAACCUGACAACAAAUUAGACAACGCCACCAAGUAAAAGGUACUUUGGAUUUUUUAUGGCCACAAGCGUUUGGCCGCCAUCACACAAAAUUCAUUUCACGCAUGGCUGCACGAUUUCGGGAACCUGAGAAUCAGUGAAACACACUGACGCUGUUGUUUCACUGAUUCUAUCCCACAUCAGUUAAAAACAGAACAACCAGAAUGGAAAGAUAACGAAGCUUAGAAAAGACUGCUCCACCUCACGGGACCCGAUCUAGCAUCCAUCACUUAGUGACAUCGUCAAUUAUUUUUAAUGCCGUCCUUUUGGACGAAGAGUUCAACUAAUCUUCAGUUUUAAAUGUGUUUGCCCUAUUCCUGGAUUUUGGUUUUAAUGUUUUUCGUUGCCACCUGUUGUUCUCGCAUCGAUGGUUUUUGGUUUUUCUCCUGUCCCCAUGGCAACGGCAAGGGGCAGGCUGGUGACAUUUGUUCCGCUUUCUGUCGCUGCCAUCCCUUGAACACCUGCGAGGCGGGAGUACAGAAAUGUGCGGCUCCCGGAGUGUAUGGAGACCGCUGUCAUGUCACAAGGCCGUGCGCCAGUGGAUUCAGUUGCCAUCCGGGAGUUCAGAAAUGUUUCCACGUGCCUCGUCUUCAUGGUGAGCCCUGCGUGGCCGGGUAUGAUUGUGGAAGUGGUCUCUCUUGUGAACCAGGCGUUCAGCUUUGCUUCCAUCAUCCUCGUCGAUACGAAGAGCCGUGUUCUGCGGGAUUUUCUUGUGCCCCAGGUCUAAGCUGCCAACCGGGCUAUCAGAAGUGCUUGCAUCAUCCGAGAAGGGAAAAUGAGCGCUGUUCUGCGGGAUACGCAUGCGCUGAUGGACUAGUGUGUAGGUUGUGUGACAAACCAUAUGCCACCUGUCAAAUGUCACGUGUACCUGCUUUUACAGAACAGGAUUAUGACAGGCCCUUCAACAAAGUGGCGUUUCUUGUUACCCAUAAUUCCUUCUCCAACUCGCCAAACUUUGCUGUAUGGGCCCGCAAUCAACGAUUCAGCGUCAGUCAGCAGCUCAAGGAUGGUGCGCGCGGACUUAUGUUAGACAUAUACCCAGGGUGGGGAGCAGCAGAGGUUCGUCUCUGUCACGCUUCUUGUUUCUGGAGUGGUUCGUCAAAUCUUCUGGACACGCUGAUUGAAAUCAGGAAAUUCCUUGAAAGUAACAGGCAUGAAGUUAUCACCAUCAUCUUUGAGGACUACUUAAAAAAUCCUACAAUUCUGAAACGAGUAUUUGACCAAGCGAGAAUUUCUCCUUACGUGCUGCUAAAGGACAGUUAUGGCGAUGGGUUCCAUGAUUGGCCCACGCUAAGAGACAUGCGCAGAUUGGGUCGAUUGGUGGUGUUCAACAACAAUGGUCUCAGUGGUUUUCCUUAUACGGAGUCCAAUAUGUGGCAUUACGUCAGAGAGAACCGUUAUGGCAGCCCGGGGCAAAACGUGAAGAAAUGUGUUGAUCGCGCAGAAUCCCGUUGGAACGCUGUCUGGAAUGACCGCUGGAGCCUGGUUCUAGUAAACUGGUUCAGUACAGCGGCUAACCCUCUUCAGCCAUGCCUGAAUUCGUAUAAGAAAAUCAGAGAGAAACUGACUACAUGCCACGACAAGUUUGGAUUAUGGGCAAAUUUUAUAGCGGUUAAUUUCUACACCGCGGGCUCCGGAGGUGGAGCUUUUCAAGCUGUCAGAUGGCUUAACGACAUGCUUAAACGUAGGUGUAGACAAUAACCUCAUUGCUAGCUGCAUUCGUCAAUUUUGUAUUACGGAGGAGGUCCUAUCGGCCCUUGUUUUUAUGCUCCUACUCUCCUGUUGUUACCAGCGAGAAGCCUGGUGUGAAUGCUGAUGCGAUGUUUAAAUUUCUUGCAUGGUUACAAGCAUCGUGAACAAGUUAGGAAAAUAGGCUGCUAUGAGUACCGUGAAAGUGAAGAAAUAUGAAAAACGUUUCCUUUGAUCAACAUAAGAGUAGACUUUAUAGUACAAAAGAUGGUUGGGCUGAGUAUAAUAUAUCAGAAACAAAUCAUCUAAAAUAAACAUAACAAAGUUACAAAACCCUAACUGGCUCAAGGCAAACCAAUUGGUUAGUCACAAGGGAGGCCGACUGGUUGAACUCGGGGCGUGACCGCUUAGGAAUUGAGAUUUGUCCUAUGUUGAGACCAUGUUUCCACUCAACCCGAUUUAUUUGUUUGUACUUUUGUUUUUAGGGGACAAGCAGGUCGUCAAAGAAAGAAAAGCAUCAAUUAUUCCAUUUCCUUCAACUGACAUUGUCAGUGAUUGGAAUGUAACCAGUCAGCACCGUCCAUUGGAACCCAUUGAAAAGCAGAACACAGUAGACGGGGUUGGCUACGGUAGAGGCUUCCACGAUCUCUCAGAUAUAAUCUCCCACAUAUUGAAACAUCACCGCAAAAGUUGGGUCAAGGAAAAGAACUCAUUCCAAAAAUUGGGGAGCACUUCUAAUGCAAGUGCACUUGGUGUACUUGCUCAUACUGCUUUACCAAGUCAAUUCAGUCAAAGAAACAAACAUAGAAAAGUCCAAAUAAGCCAUCACGUAAACCAGGCAAUUUUGCCAGAUUUUGAAAGACAUGACACAAUCCCAAUAAGCCAUGACCAGUUUAGUGAACACAAAUCUAAGAAAAUACACAAUUUGAAAAAGUUAUCGCAAUGGGAAGUUUCUAGGUCAAGAAAUAACAGCUCGCAUUUUAAGAAAGGAAUCACGCACUUUAUUCACUUAGUAAAGUCAUCAAAAUUAACAAACAGACUAUCAAAGAAUCGUCUAUCACUUUCCACCAAGUCAUUAAGAGAUGAAAGAAGAAAAAUACCAAAAGGAAGAUUUCGAACAUCAAGUGGACUUCGGAAAGUAUCUGGGCGUGUACUCAAAGAAACAGUUACCAAGGCAACACAAGAACCUUAUCUGCCUACUGCUCGGUUAUCACCGCGCACUCACAGACACAACACAAUCGGCGCACGAAUAAGUCCUACCACAAAGUUACGCAAUCUUCGGAGACAGUUAGCCCGGCUCAAAGCCAAACUAAACAGGUAUCUUCACCCGGGUAAAAAAAAAUUCCCAAACUUCAUGUCGCCUGCCAAAAACACAGAUUCGGGAAACAGAGGUCAGCGUAGAAAAAUUGUCUGAGUUUAGGUUCGACACCGAAAACAAGAAAGAAGUGAGCUUUUACAAGCUCUCAGUUUGUGUACGCCUCAUCACGUACGAAUUAACGAAAAAUAUGAGCACGCUUGCUUAAUUCCUCUGUUCCUCGCAGCCUGAAAGCGUGGAAGGUUGGGGAACAAGUACCGCUCGGAGAUUUUAGGUUGAAGAAGCUGAAAACGGACUCCACGAGUGAAAACCCGCAAGGCAAAAAGAUACUUUAGAGGGCUCUGACCCGGUUAGUGUAAGCUCGUGAAUUUAGUAAUAAAAUUCAGUUUUGAUGUAAUAAAAGCAAAUCUUAAUGGCUAUUACAAGCCUU